AUGGAAGAGCCCGGUGCUCUGCAAGAGCUCGUUCAAAUAUGGCACAACUACCGGUCUACCUUCUUCGGCGUCGUGGUGGCGGCCGCGAUUAUCUACAAAUGCCUACAGUCGCUUCGCACGCUUCUCCACCAAGAGACAGCCUCAAUCGGAACCAUAAAGCCCGCAAAGAGCCUGGACGGCGUAGUUAUCAGCGGUAAAACGACGUCGGAACCGAAAGAGAAGAAGGAGCCCGUGGAAAUCGAGAGCGUUGCCGACCUUGGAGCGCGUAUCAAGUCCUCGUCUUCUGCUGAGGUCAAACUAGGUCCAAAGCGCGUGUCAGGGAAGAAGGUGCCGGCUAAGAAGGGCAAGACGUUGCGUGGAGGCCCUACCAAACCAGCGAAGGACGAGGGCGACUUCGAUCUUCAGAUCUGCAUCUUCUACACCUCGUUGACCGGCUCUACUGCGCAGUACGCCGAACAGCUGAAAAAUGACCUCUUCUCCGAGAAGGAUGGGGUGUACCCCAAGCUCUCCAUCCCCACACCGUCGAGCUCUCUGUCGGAAAUCCCUCUGUCGCGCAAGUUCUUGCCGCCACAGUUGCACAACCUCGAGGAAAUCGAACUGGACGACUACUUCAUCUCGCCGCCGAGCACAUCGGAGGAUGGACGGAGUGUCAAAUACAUCUACCUGGUUAUCACUCCGUCGUACGAGACCGACUCCCCAGUCGCGCCCUUCCUGGACCACCUCCAAGAGACCCACCACGACUUCCGCAUCGACACGGCGCCUCUGCGCUCACUCGCCGGCUUUUCGGUAUUCGGCUUUGGUGAUUCAUCCGAGUGGCCAGAGUCCGAAGGCAAUUUCUGCCAGGAUGCUGUGGCCGUCGACAAAUGGCUGGGAAAGCUUACCGGAGGUCGCGCUGGCAGCCGCAGGAUGUUUCCCCUGGGAAUGGGCGAUGUCAAUCCGGCGUCGUCCAAGGCGGACAAGGAGUUUGGCACGGCCGUAUCCAAUCUGCGGGAAUGGCGCAUUCAUUUGGAGGAUGCGAUGAAGGAAUACUGUGAGACUGGUGAACUCGGUGGUGGCGGUGAAUGGCGGGCCGCUGUCGAGUCCGGGGAUGAGGAUUCCGACGAGGAGGAUGUUGCCGACGAGGAGCCGGCUAAGGAUAUGAUGGAUCUCGAAGAUCUUGGGGGAAUGAUCAAUCGGUCGCCCGAUGUUCUUAAGACCAAAGCUUCGUACCGUCCCGCGCCACUUCCUGUUGACUUCACUUCGCCGGCUGGAAAACUAGCUCUCGAGGCAGGCGAAGGACAGUCUCCAGCACGCAAAGAGAUGGUCCCAAAGGACGGCGUCACGUACAACGCUCUCACCAAGCAAGGAUAUGCCAUCGUCGGAUCUCACUCCGGUGUCAAGAUAUGUCGGUGGACCAAGAGCGCACUGCGCGGAAGAGGCAGCUGCUACAAGUUCUCCUUCUACGGCAUCAAAUCGCACCUAUGCAUGGAAACCACGCCGUCCCUCAGCUGCUCGAACAAAUGCGUCUUCUGCUGGCGGCACGGCACGAACCCGGUCGGCACGACCUGGCGCUGGAAAGUCGACCCGCCGGAAGAAAUCUUUAAGGGCGUAGUCGAAGGGCAUUACCGCAAGAUCAAGAUGCUCAAGGGCGUUCCCGGAGUGCGUGCGGACCGCUUCAGCGAAGCGUUCCGCAUCCGGCACUGCGCGCUCAGUCUCGUCGGCGAGCCCAUCUUCUAUCCGUACAUCAACGAGUUCCUCGCGAUGCUGCACGCCGACGGGAUCUCGUCGUUCCUAGUGUGCAACGCGCAGCACCCCGCGCAACUCCGCGACCUGGGUCCAGUAACGCAGCUGUAUGUGUCUAUCGACGCCAGCAACAAGGAGAGCCUGAAGAAGAUCGAUCGUCCGCUCCACCGCGACUUCUGGGAGCGCUUCAUGGAGUGCCUCGAUAUCCUCCGCGAAAAGCGCCACAAGCAGCGCACCGUCUUCCGCCUCACCCUCGUCAAGGGCUUCAAUGUCGACAACGAGGUCAGGGGCUACGCGGAUCUGGUCGAGCGCGGGCUGCCGUGCUUCGUCGAGGUCAAGGGUGUCACGUUCUGUGGUACUAGCAGUGCGGGAGAGGCGGGUCUGACGAUGGAUAAUGUCCCGUUCUACGAGGAGGUCGUCGAGUUCGUUAAAGCCCUGGACGAGGAGCUGGCCAGGCGCGGGCUGGAGUACGGGAUUGGCGCGGAGCACGCUCACAGCUGCUGUAUCCUCCUCGCCUCGAAAAAAUUCUUCAUCAACAACCGCUGGCACACACUGAUCGACUACGAGCGGUUCUUCUCGCUGCUCAAGGAAGGCCGCGAGUUCAGCCCCGAGGAGUAUGUCGGCGAGCCGACACCGCUGUGGGCGAACUGGGGGAACGGCGGCUUCGAUCCCAGCGAUGAGCGCGUCUACCGGAAGGGCAAGGGGCCCGAUGGCAGGCAGAAGGCGCGCGAGGCGGCGGAGGCGCGGAGGAUCGAGGCGGAGGAGCGCGAGGAGGGGGUGGGGGGAAAAUAG